CAUAUCUCUCGUCUUUGCAUAACUGAACAUGGCCGGCGCCACUGAAAGUCAUCACAGUGGUUCAAUCGAGCAUUCCGUGGACCUUGAAACUCAAAAAAGGGAACUAACAGAAGAGCUAAAAAAGUCGUUAGUUAAGGGUGAUAUCUGGUAUCUUGUUGAUUGUCGCUGGUUAAAACAAUGGAAGAAGUUUGUUGGAUUUGAUACGUGGGAUCAGUUUGGUGUUGGCGAAAAGUUGAAUAAUCCCGGUCCUAUUGACAAUUCAAGUCUUUUUGCAGCUGAUGGCACUGCUUUAAAGGAACACCUCAUUGACGAGCUUGAUUAUAAUUUGGUCCCCAAAGAUGCCUGGUUUAAACUUGUCUCAUGGUAUGGAGUGAUUUCAGAAGAGCAGGCUCUGCCAAGGAAGGUGGUGGAACAUGGCAUGUAUGUCAAAAGCUGCAAAGUUGAGGUGUACCUGAUGCAAUUCAAACUUUGCCAACACUCUGAUCCAAAGACCGUGGUCACAAGGCAGUUUAGUAAAGGAGACACUGUUGGUCAUGUUAUGGCAGAGAUGAGAAGAGUAUUUAAUAUUGUGGAUGAAGUUGAAACAAGAGUGUGGACCAAGUACAUGAGCAACACAUAUGAUCUUCUUGGUAACUUGGAAUACACUGUACAGGAUGCUGGCCUUUACCAUGGACAGGUACUUAUUCUAGACCAAAAGAAUGAGGAUGGUACUUGGCAACAUCAAGCACGACAAAGUACUUUUUCAUCUUCAUCUGUGACAUCAAGCACUGAACGCAGUGGUCAAUCUUCAAAUUCCUACAGCAGUUACAGUUCAAGAAGUUCCUGGGGAUAUGGUGGAUUAAGAUCAAGUACCGCCUUGCCAGGGCUAACAGGACUUGGAAACCUCGGAAAUACAUGUUUCAUGAACUCUGCCCUUCAGUGUUUAAGCAACUGUGUCCCUCUGACUGAAUACUUUUUAGCUAGUAAAUACAAAGAGGAACUGAAUCGCAAUAACCCUUUAGGAAUGAGAGGUGAAAUUGCCAAUGCUUAUGCAGGUCUCCUUAAUCAGAUCUGGAAUGAACAAUAUAGUUCAGUAGCACCAAGACAGUUCAAAAUGCAAGUGGGACGUUUUGCACCUCAGUUUUCUGGCUAUCAACAGCAAGAUUCUCAGGAACUUCUUGCAUUCUUGUUGGAUGGGCUUCAUGAGGAUUUAAACCGUGUGAAAAAGAAGCCUUAUGUGGAAGUAAAGGAUGCUGAUGGAAGGCCUGAUACAGUUGUUGCAGAGGAGUCUUGGAAAAAUCACAUGCAGAGGAAUAACUCCAUUAUUGUUGAUAUAUUCCAUGGACUUUUUAAAUCCACAUUGGUUUGCCCAGAUUGCAGUAAGGUCUCUGUCACAUUUGACCCAUUCUGCUACCUGUCUUUGCCAUUGCCAGUCAAAAAGGAGAGAAGCCUUGAUGUUUUCCUUGUACGGAGUGAUCCUCUUAUAAAACCCAUACUGUAUAAAUUGACUGUGCCAAAGAUGGGUAAUGUUGCUGACUUACUGGCUGUUCUGACAAAAGAAACAAACAUCCCCAGAGACAAGAUGGUGGUUACAGAUGUGUAUAAUCACAGGUUUCACAAGGUGUUUUCACUUACUGAGUCACUGACUCAGAUUCUUGACAGGGAUGACAUUUUUGUUUAUGAAUUAUCACACAGUAAAUCUGAGGCUGAUGAAGGUGAUUUUGUUGUUCUUCCUGUUUACCAAAGAGAGAAAAGUCUGCUCAUUCUGCUGGUAGGUGAACUUCCUUUAAGCAUGAUAGGUAACGUUUAUUUAAAAAUUGUUCUUGUUUUGUUUUUAUUUCUAUUCAGACGCUUUGUCAGUGUUCCGGAGGAAGAUGAAGGAAUAGGAAGCAAAAUUGAAGGUGAAAGUGAAGCAGAUGUUGAAAUGAAUGAAGAUAAGAAUGAAGGCAGUGAAAAUGAGGAUUGUGAAGAAUUGGAAAAGGCAACUCAAAAUGUACAUGUGAAUGGAGAUGAAAAUGAGGAUGAUAACAUCGAUUCACAAAAUAGUGAUGAUGACAGCUCAAGCCAAAAGAAUAUAGUGAACAAUCAGUGCAAGGGAAAGGCGUGCAAGUAUCUUUUCAACUUGACUCUAGUCAACUCAUAUGGCAGAACUGAUAUCCAGGCGUUGCAAGAUAAUGGCAAGCCUCUUAAACAACUCACAGGACGUUGUUUUCUUGCUCUUGACUGGGACUCAAAGGUGAAGGAGAAAUGCUAUAAUGAUCAACUGGCCGAGGAAUCCGAAGAGCAUGAAAGUGUGCGCAAGAAGCCAGCACAGAAGAAGAGUGGCAUUGGCCUAAAUGAUUGCAUUGACCUGUUCCUGUCGAAAGAGAAGCUUGGAGAAAAUGAUCCCUGGUAUUGUCCAUCCUGUAAGAAACAUCAACAGGCCACUAAGAAGUUUGACCUUUGGUCUCUUCCCAGAAUCCUUGUUGUUCACCUAAAGCGAUUCUCAUACAACAGUUUCUGGCGAGAUAAGCUGGACACAUUGGUUAACUUUCCUUUGAGGAGCCUUGAUAUGUCUGAGUAUGUGAUUAAUAAGGAUCAACCUCGUCCAAUUUACAAGUUGAUUGCAGUAUCAAAUCACUAUGGAGGCAUGGGAGGCGGGCAUUACACAGCCUAUGCCAAGAACUGUAAAGAUGGCCAGUGGUACUCAUUUGAUGAUAGCUCUGUGUCGAGAGUUGAUGAGGAACAAACUAUCUCCAAGGCAGCAUAUGUCCUCUUUUACCAGCGACAGGAGAGCGAACACCAAGAAAAUAUAGCAGAGAAAGAAACAGAGCAAGAACAAGCCUGUGGCCAAGAUGCAGACAUUGACAUGCUCCAUGAUGGUGUGUGAGAAAGGAAAAGUACGACUUCUUCAGUGUAGCCCUUUAUGAGAGGAUGACUACAAGAAUUUUGUAAAAUAACACUUAUCUUGACUUGAAUGUCCGAACUGCCAAUGCGGAAAGUGUGACCUGGUUACGUCUUAUUUCAUAAUUACCAGUUAGCGUGGUUUUCAAUUGAGUGUAGUAAAACCAAAACCAAAUCAAUUACUUACCAAUUGGACUACUCAGCCCAAACCGUAAUGAAACCAACACCAACACCUGAUUACUCUCCACACUCCAUCGGAAACCACCCUAUUAAUGUUGAUAGUUUAUUUGUCCAACUUCACUAUAGGCGUAUGUCGUAAUUGGUCUCCGCUAGCUGACAGACACGACCAACCUCCCAUUAAGGGGGCGAUAUACCUGAAUGCUGCGUCUUUCAUACGUUUUGAGACUCUUCUCUUAUUAUCUCUUUGAAUUCUUUUGCAGUCUGAAAAUAUCAUCAUAGGUUUAAACUGAAACGUCUCGUGGAAUUUUUUUUUUUUAAUUGUGAUGAAAAAGAAUGAGAAAUCAGUCAGUUUGAAGUAAAUUAGAGAAAAUGAGGAUUUAAUGAAGAUUUAACUCAAACGAAGCGUGCAUCAUCCAGUUAUGAUGCACACGAGAAGUUUGGAGAGCACGAAAGAAGCGUAAAAGUUGCUCGACGUGCAGUUCAUUCUACCUCAAUGAUGCACAGCUGAAAGCGAGGAUCAAUAGUUUACAAAACUGUCAGUGGAAAUAAAAGUACGAGGACGACUACUCGGGGGUGAAAAAGGAAAUUCCCUGGCCAAGCAAAGUUUACUGUUCUCCACGUCACGAGCGUGCAUCAGCACGCUUACUUACAUACACAACGUUUAUGUUAGCUAUGUUAUAACAAUUGAUGGGCACCAAAACAGACUAGCCUCGACCUGAAUUAAACUGCUUCUGGAGUGGGCUAUAGGUUUUCCUCUAUCAGUAUAUCUACUCUCUACUCAAUUUUUUAAAAAUUAACAUAUGUCGCCCCCUUAAAAUACUGAGCUACCUCUUCCAAUAGAGAAUGAGACUUAGUUCUAACAGACACUAAAGUCAUAAGCAGGCUAGAUAUUGUAGAUUCAGCAUAGUGUGUGCCGGAUCCACGGAUGAAGCAUGUACUAAGUACAGUAUGAUAACGCGCCAACGAGUUAUUACGGUAGUUGUAGUUUAGAAAACCGGUUUUACAGUUCAGCUGAAAUAAAGCACUGUAGUUUGUCUCUCGAUGUA